UCCUAAUAUUAUGACUAAUCAACAGGAGGCUGUGAUCGAAAAUCUUCGGACUCCUCCAAAUGAUUCUUGCCCACCAAUCGUCUUAUUGCUUGGCGCUAGGAAUUCUGGAAAAAGUACGUUUUCAAGAUUUUUUGUGAAUCGGAUGUUAAGGUCCCACCAAGCCGUGAUGUAUUUAGACUGCGACUUGGGUCAAAGCGAAUUUAUGCCGCCGGGAUUUUUGAGUCUAACGAAAAGAAGCGUACCCAUAUUUGGAACUCCUUGUUGCCACCUACAAAAACCUGAAAAAGCCUAUUUUAUUGGAGACACCACGUGUCAGAGGGACCCGCAUUAUUACCUGCUUUGCAUAAAAGAGCUUUACCAGUUAUACAACGGAAAGUAUAGUAACUUCCCUUUGAUAGUUAAUACACACGGUUGGCUGGUAGGGCUUGGACUCAUGAUAAUCGAGUGUAUUUGUACAAUAGUAAACCCCAGCGACAUUGUACUGCUGGCUAUUACUGAAAAAGAAUUCACAGAGAAGUUUAGUACUCUAUUAAACGCCAAAGCAGAUUAUUUUGGCGUCGUUAAGGAGCGUAAACGAAGUUUCAGCAAAGUAACUGUUACCAAUAUUCACGCUGUAGAAGGCUAUAAAAGAAAACGAAAGUCCAAAACAUUGAAAUACAAGGCAUCGUUUCAUCGGCUAAUGUCAUUGGCCGUUUAUUUCGCAUGUUGCACUCCCAUUUGUUUUCAGGCUCCUUAUGAAGUUUCUUUGGAUGACGUACAAGUGGAGCUUUUGUAUGACGUUGUUGCUAAAACUCAACAUCUUUGUGCUAUCAAUGGAAACUUUGUGGGUCUUUGCGUUGCUGAUAAACCAGGGCCAAAAAGACCACUUGAGUGUCUCGGUUUAGCCAUUGUCAGGGCCGUAGACGUUGGCAAUCGUAAGCUAUAUAUCAACACACCAUUGGAUGCUCGCGAAUUGGAACGGGUAAAUGUGCUACAAAAGGGCGUCAUUGAGAUACCCAUUGUCAUGAGGACGCAGGGAGCGUAUGGCCAUGUGCCUUACACCCAGCAGCCCGUUUAUUCAGGAAGCAAAGGCAGGCGGAGUGUUAACCGCCACAUUAUGGGCUCUGGCAAGAAAGUUAAUCGUCUUGUAAAACGAAAACGUCUUAUGCGGAGUCGCUGAAACCCUCACUUAUUGGAAAAUAAACAUAAAAACUCCACGAA